AAAAGCGUUUGACGUGGCAUAGGGUCCGGAGAUGACAUAGUUGAACAUCACCGCCGCUAGCCUGCUACAUCUUGCUAUUCAAGUAUAGCCUACUGUAAGUAACGAUAGGUUUGCAGAAUAGGUGAGCGACACGAACGACCAAGACCGUCUGCUCUAAAAGCAUGAAUCUCCCCAAAGUGCUGCAAUCAGAGGAAAUUAUGUGGUUCUUCUUUUUCGUCAGCUUCCUUAACUGUGUGUCGGCCUAUGAUGUAGAUCUGAAGAAACUGGAUGGUCUCGCAAAAGCGAAGGUGGAGUCUUGCGGUGGAUGACAGCUGAACAGGCUGAGAGAGGUCAAAGCCUUUGUGACCCAGGACAUUCCUCUUUACCAUAACCUGGUAAUGAAGCACAUCCCUGGGGCUGACCCCGAGCUUGUCCUCCUCAACCACUACUACGAAGAGCUGGAUCGGAUUGCCCUGUCUGACAUGACCCGCUCUGAGAUCAACGAGCUGCUGGAGAAGUUGGGCUUCUACAAGAAGGCUCAGCCUGAGGACCAGGUCCCAGAGGAGUUCCGCUUCUCCCCCGCCAAGGACAGCCCCUUCAAAGCAACCACCUCCUCUUCAGCCUCCGCAGACAACGCUUCCUCAGAUUCUGACGCAGAGGCCAACCACUCUGACCUGUAAUCCUCACAGCAGUAAAGAGUCUGCAGUCUGUGUGGACCUGGACAGACAGGGUUACUCUCCUCCAGUGCUGGUCCAUGACCAGUUUGUUUCUGUAGCUCAUAACAUAAUUAUUUGGGAUCAGAACACAGGACAAGCAGAUCCUGGUUCAGCACUUGGGGUAACUGUCUCUCUGUAGCAUCAGAAAAGGUUACACAAUUUAUCUUCUGUCUGUCCAUUUAUUUCAGGUGAUGUGUAUGAUUUACCACUGUGUCAAGUGUCUUAAGGGGUCUCUCCUCUGAUAAUCUCUCUCGUGUGUCUAAUUACUUCCUGUCCGCUGUGGAACUGAAUGACGCCCCUGGCUGUAAAAUCUCCUGAUUGGCUUGGGGCCGAUGCAACGUGUCCUGGUGGGUAGGGCUUAGGCACACAAGGGGAUUCAAGUGAUGAGAUGACAAUUGUAAAACAAAAAGUUUAACUUUCAAUAUUUUUGUAUGAUGUCCCAUUUGUAGAAUGUCCAUCUUAAAAUCAAACUCCCAUUGCGCGCGCACACACACACAGGAAAAAAAAGUGUUAGAGUAGAAGACACACUGUUUCUUAAAUUGGUUUAAUUGUUAAUUGACAGUCAAUUCAAUGUUUCUGUACACCACAACGAAUGUGUCCAAGCAUGUAUGUACAGGAUUAACUAGUUUGUGGAAUCUUUCUGGUUGCGGAAUAUUAAAUUAUCGUAACCAUAUUUUCUUAACUCUGCAUUGUUGGAAAAGGACCCAUAAGUAAGCAUUUCAUUGUUAGUGUACACCUGUUUACGAAACGUGACAACAUUUAGAUUUAGUACAUUUCUCUAGUCUCAGUGUAAUAAAUCAACCAGUUCUAAAACCAACAAAGAAACCAUAAAACAUUUUUAGUUAGCUAGAAUUCAGAAAAUAUACAUGGGCAAUAAAGAACAUUCAGCCUUUAUCAAUAA